GUGGCCAUGGCAACGGAGCGCACGCGGAGCGCCGCCCCCCUUCGCUGCUUCCCGCCGGCCCCGUCGCCACCAUGAUGCUGCUGGGCCGCGGGCUGGACGCCAGGGACAAUCAGACUAGACAAAUGCAAGAUGCUGUUUCAAAUGUGGAAAAACAUUUUGGUGAAUUGUGCCAAAUAUUUGCUGGAUAUGUACGUAAAACUGCCAGACUACGAGACAAAGCAGAUCUUCUAGUAAAUGAAAUCUAUGCAUAUGCAGCUACAGAGACACCGAACUUAAAAGUUGGACUGAAAAACUUUGCAGAUGAAUUCUCCAGACUUCAAGAUUAUCGCCAGGCAGAGGUUGACAGGCUGGAAGCCAAGGUUGUUGAACCACUGAAAUGUUAUGGGACCAUAGUGAAACUUAAAAGGGAUGAUCUUAGAGCAACUUUAACAGCAAAGAGCCGAGAAGCCAAGCAAUUAUCUCAACUGGAAAAGACACGUCAGCGGAAUCCAUCAGAUCUACACGUUAUCGUAUCCUGCCUUUCCAGUCACCAUGAGAAAUAUGUGCAGAAUUUCUUGGGAAUUAAACUGUUAUGUUUGGCUGAAAAUGAACUGCAGAGAGCAACAAUGGAUGCUACUCGAACAACUCGGCACUUAGAGGAAACCAUUGAUAAUUUUGAGAAACAGAAGAUAAGGGACAUCAAAAACAUAUUUUCUGAAUUUAUAACUAUUGAAAUGUUGUUCCAUGGGAAAGCUUUAGAGAUAUAUACUGCUGCCUAUCAGAAUAUCCAAAAUAUUGAUGAAAAUGAAGAUUUGGAGGUUUUUCGGAGCUCACUCUAUCCACCAGACUAUCAGUCUCGCUUAGACAUAGUUCGUGCAAAUUCCAAGUCCCCCUUGCAAAGAACUGGCUCCUCAAAAUCUUCACUGAGAACAGCACAGAUUUCCCACAGAAUGCUAAGAAAAGAUGAAGAUGAUGACGAGGAGGAAGAUGAAGAUGAUGAAGAGGACGAUGAGGAGGAUGAAUUUGAUGCUACUAAGGAAGUGAGAUAACAAAGCUGUUCUAAGAGGGGUUUUUUAUUAAGGGGGGAAAAGCCCCUUCACCUAAAGGCUUUUUUUGUAUGUUGGAUCUAAAAUUUCACCGGGACUAUAUAUUUAGAACUCCAGCAGGAGCAAGAAUCAGUGCUGAUUCUAGAGUGCCAGACAACAAAUCACCGGUUUGAAAGAAUGGAAAAAAAUCCACUGAAAGUGGGCAAUUUCAGUAGCUAGAAAAUUAAAUAUUUAAAUAGAUGCCUGUAUUAUAUUUGCAUAGAUGUUAUAUUGUAAUCACAUUUGCUUAAACUUACGUGAUGAACAGUGUCCAAAAGCUGCACGAAGCUUUCAAACAGUUAUGAACAUUGUUUUGUCCUUACUUUGCCAAUAUAUUACCUCUCUAGCUAUACACCUCUUGAAUUUUUUAAGUACUCUAGCUGUAACUGUUAUAAUUGGGUUUAUACAUGCUAAAGUAACCGUGGUAAUUACAAAACUGUUUGCAGCAACCGCCUGUUAAGAUUUCAUUUUGCUAUCCACCCUGGAUGGCAGAAGGCAUGGUGAGGUGUACUUUUUUUCUUAUUUUCAUUUUUCUCAGGCAUUCAUCAGGUACAGAUGACUUUUGAUUCCUUUACACAUACAGAAUGAACAGUCACAAAUAAGGACCUGGCCCAGUAUCUUAUGUUCAGUGCUGCUUUGCUUUUUAAAUAAAAGUGCCUUCAUGAUAAAACUAGUGGA